AUGGACCUGCGUUGCCAGGUGAACAACCAUGCCCAUCGUACAGAGGAGAUGGACAUGGAAAGGCUGCUGGUUCGUAGGGGGCAGUCCUUCUCCCUCGCCUUGCAGUGCUCCACAACCCUGCCCCCUAAACACAAACUAGCCAUGAUCUUGCAUCUAGGUAAGCAACUCAAGGACAAGGACCAUAAUCUUAAGUCGGCUAUAGAGUGGAUACUAUUGCACAGUGGGAGGAGGAGUCAGUUAUGAUUGACAGAUAUAAAAAUGAAAUGAUCUGGUAAAACAGCUUUGACUGACAGUACAGUAUAUGUGUGGUUUUGUUUGUGUGUUUAGGUAAGGAGGGUGAGGUUGUGGUGAAGGUGUUGGAUGCCCGUGCUGGCAGUGACAAGUGGUGGAUCCGCCAGCAGGGGGCUCAGAGUGAGGUGCUGCUGACGGUCCACAGCCCAGCAGACGCCCCUGUGGGACUCUACAGCAUGACAGUGCUGCACCUCUCCCCUGACGGACACAUCCUGGAGCAGACAACACCAGAGACGUUCUACCUGCUCUUCAACCCCUGGUGCAAAGGUGAGCUCACACAUGCAUGCGCUGCGUCCACAUGCACACACACACUAGUUGAAUCAGUAAAAAAAAUAUUGAUAGUGCUCAAUUUUGUGGCACUGCACCCUGUCUUGUUUUAUUUGCUCUUUUGGUGAGGUGGAGGGCUUAGGGUGGUGCCACUCUCAGAAGGUCAGAGUCAGGGAAGAUACUGUCUUCAGUUGUGUAUUUGUGUCCGUCCCUGCGAUUACUUUGAAAUAAAUUUGAGCUGAACAUGAAAUUAUAACAAUGUAUAGAAAAAUAUGAAAUUAGUGGAAGAGAUUGCUUAUAUGAAAGUUGUCAGUUGUGUGAUAUCACUACAAUGAGAAUGAAGCUGUUGGCCCAGAUGUUUUCGCACACUGCCUCACUCAGAGUGUCCUCUGGGUCUUUAUUUUUCUCCCUCCCAGCUGAUUCUGUGUACCUCCCUGAUGAGGAGCUGCUAGAGGAGUACAUCCUGAAUGAAAAUGGCCUCCUUUACCAGGGUUCCUGGGACCAGAUCUCCUCACUGCCCUGGAACUUUGGACAGGUAGCAAACAAACAGCACUUCUGAAGGACAGACAGCCAACACAGCUGAGACAGAAUGGAGAGCCCAAACCUGUUGAUCACAUUAUUAACCCAUCGAUCCAAUGAGAACCAGAUCUCAGUGAUGUGCAGCCUGAAUCACAGUUCUAGCUGAGGUGUUUUCAAACAGAAAGAUAAACAACAGGGCAUGUGGGUGGGUGUUGGCACCCAGUGGUUUCUGUCAAGUCUGAUGGCUUGAUGGUGGCCUGUGUGAAUUGUGACAGCUUGGUGGCAUUUGGAGACACAGUGCACCAGCUGGCUGAGGAAAUAUCUUUGGUGGAUGUAAGACAUUUCUACACUGGAUGUGUGAAAAUGCCAACCACUCAAACAUGGGUUUGUCUCAUCUCAGAGAGAGAGACAGAGACAUAGUCACAUAGAAAUUGAGAAAGAGACAGACAACCUGCAUGGCUUAUUGUCUCCAUCUAGUGAGGAGGAAAGUGCAUACAGUCACGAUCACCAAUGUAUGUAUUUUUAACACUGGUUUGAGAUUCGUAUCUACGUCAUCAUGAGCUCACUUAAUGCGUUCUCAUAAUAUUUUUACGUUUAAUCCCUCAUGUCAUUUUUCAUAGUUUGAACAAGAUGUGGUGGACAUCUGUUUUGAAAUCCUGGACAAUUCACCUGCUGCACUGACAAACCCAGAGAUGGACACAGCCAACCGAGCAGACCCAGUGUACGUGAGCAGGACAAUUACUGCAAUGGUAAGGUUCACCCGAUAACUUCUUUAUUUCUACACAUAGGGAAUAGCUAUAAUCUCACAGUAAUUAACUUACCCUACCUACUCUACACAUGUGCAGGUAAACGCUAAUGAUGACCGUGGCGUGGUGUCGGGCCGUUGGGACGGGAAGUACGAUGACGGGGUGCCGCCCACACGUUGGACCGGCAGUGUGCCCAUCCUCAGGCGCUGGAGUGAGGCCGGGGCACAGAGGGUGCGCUACGGACAGUGCUGGGUGUUCUCAGGAGUAGCCUGUACAAGUGAGAGACACAUAGCAGACAACACACUGACACAAGAUGUCUCUCUCUCUUUGAACACUCUCUGGUUCUAUAUUUUCACUAUCAAAUAUUUCAUUCAGCUACAGUAUAUUAAGCUAUAAAUACACUAUAUGCUGUUUGCUGAUUGGUUCCUUCCUCUCACCCAUCCCACAGUUCUUCGCUGUCUGGGCAUACCCACUCGCCCAGUUACAAACUACUCCUCUGCCCAUGACACUGAUGGUAACCUGAAUGUGGACUAUAUGUACGACGAGCAGCUGGAGAGUGUGUCUGAAGGCAGGAAGGACAUGAUCUGGUAAGGCUCACAACCUACAUUUCUAUAGUUUUCAUAAGUUGCUUUCAUUUCUAGAUAUCAUCUUAGAAUUAUGCAUGGAAUUGGUGGCUUCAAAUCAGCAUAGUACGUGUGUGUGUGUGUGUGUGUGUAGGAACUACCAUUGCUGGGUGGAGUCAUGGAUGGACAGGGAGGAUCUUCCUAAAGGCUAUGAUGGGUGGCAAGCUCUGGAUCCCACCCCACAGGAGAGGAGUGAUGGUACGGUCCCACUUCAUAUUCAUGACCAGUCUUGGUCUUACUAAGCCCCUUCAAAACAAACAUUUUAUGGUUGGGCUACUACAGGAAGUUACAUUUCUUAAUAUGUUUUCUGUCAAGUGGUUUUUCUUUCCCUCAUCUCUAUCUCCUCCUUCUCAGGGGUGUACUGUUGUGGGCCCUGUCCAGUGAAGGCAGUGAGGGAUGGUGAUGUGGGGAUGAAGUAUGAUGCAGCUUUCGUGUUCUCUGAGGUGAACGCAGACCUGGUCACCUGGAUAGUCUACCCAGAUGGCCAACGCUCACAAGUUUCCCUCAACCAGAAGACAGUGGGCCAAAACAUCAGCACCAAGAGUGUGUACGGAGACUACAGAGAGGACAUCACUAAACAUUACAAAUACCCCGAAGGUAUGCAGUUCCUUCCUUUAAACAAACAUACUGUAAUAUUCACACCUGCACAAAUAUUAGCACAGAUGGGAACAGACCUAAAGAGUACAGUAGACUGUUACAGACUACAAAUACCCCAAGGGAAGGGUGUCACUAUGGACACAUACCACACGAACACACCGUUAAUUUAACAGUAUGACAUCCUCCUUCCUUUCGACCAGGUUCAGUGAAGGAGCGUGAGGUGUAUGAGAAGGCAGGACGGCGGGUAACGCAGCCGAAUGGAGGACCAGGGCAGCUGGAGCUGAAGAUCAAACACGCCCAGGCUAUCCUGGGGACAGACUUUGAUGUGAUAGUGGAGGUGCACAACGUGGGUGGAGAGGACACCCCAGCCCAGCUCACUGUGACGUCCAACGCUGUCACCUACAACAGCCUCCACCGUGGGGAGUGCCAUAGGAAGACUGCCAGCCUGACCGUGCCAGCCCAGAAAGGUGGGCCUCAACUGCCAUCACACAAUCAAACUUUUUAGUGAAGUUUAUCAUGGUGCAAUAGACGAUAGGAAUCAAGAAUCAUGACUGAAAACUUUGAACUAGUGUGAGCCCUGUGUUUGAUUUAUUUUGUUUACAGGCACUGGGUCAGUCUGACCUAGAACAUCCCUGGUCUUCUUGUAUGUUUAGGAACCGAGUAAACCGUGCAAAACAAUACCACGGAAAGAGUGUGAAAAUAAUACAAUAACAUACAUUCUCCUCUCAUCCCUAUUAUUCUCACAGCUCAUAAGGAAGUUAUGCGUCUACGGUACGAUCACUACGGGGCAUGUGUGUCUGAGCAUAACCUGAUCAGAGUCACAGCACUGCUCCAGGCCAGCGGCCAGCCCGAAGUCGUCCUGCAAGAGGUCAACAUCCAACUGAGCAUGCCCCAGCUCCAUGUCAAGGUACUAUCUGGAACUGGGAAUGGCUCUGGUGAAGCAAUGCUUAAAUUGAGUACUACUGGUCAUGAGAAUGGAUAUGUUCAAGAGCAAUUGAUUUAAGGUUGUUUGUUACUGAAAUGAUCAUUUCUGAUGAUGCCUGCAAUGUCCAUGUUCUUGCUCCAGGUAGUGGGAGAUGCAGUUGUAUCUGGGAAAUUGAUUGCCCACAUCAGCUUCACCAAUCCACUGCCUAUUACCCUCAGAGGGGGCGUGUUUACUGUGGAGGGGGCAGGUCUGACAGCAGCGCGGGAGAUCCAAGCACCGUAAGUAUCUCUGUGUGUUGUAUGUGAGAGAGGAGAUCCAAUCUUCAUUGAAUUUGUAUACGCUUUUUCAGCAAUGAGAGAAUGAGAACAAUGAUCUAUUAUUUUAUGUAGACCUGAAACUCUUUCAAACCCAGGGCUCUUUAAAGAUCCUGCACCCUGUGCAGCAGCUGAAGAUGUAGAGAGGGAUAGCAGCUCAGAGAGCUCUUGGCUGCCAUGGUAAAUUCCUCAGCAAGGACAUAGUCUGACGACAUUGCAUGAGUAAAAAGAACAAGAUCUGCUUUUCUCUUGCUCCACCUCCCUUAAAAAGACAAAGCAAGAGCCUGACAUAUCCUCCUCAUCCCAGGCCAAAGACGACUAAACCAGCCCAGCGUGGCUCUCCAGGACCACAGGCCAAAUGUUACCACACAUAACCUCCAAAAGGAGAUGCCAGUGUAAACAUAUGCCCUCAGACUAAACACAGGAUCAUUUCUCUGCCCGCAGUCAGGGUGAAUUUAACAUUCUUUGACAAAACAUCACACUUCCUGGAUGGACCUAGCCUACCUCAUUUGUUGGUCAACACAUGUAGCUCAAGUGUGGAAAAAAAAAACUAAUGCCACAUUUUCAUAGCAGCACUAGGGUUUGGCGGUAUCCAGAUUUUCAUACAGUCAUACCGUUUUUGUACCGUACUGGGGUAUACGGUAUUACCAAAGAUUUUUUAUAACUAACCCAAGAUAGACCAGAACCUAUCGUUUCCAAUGGGAGCAAAUUAAUCAUAGUGGGCCGAACAAGCAAGGAGGUGGGCAGAGCCAAGCAUGAGCUAGUGAGAUCCUAUUGGAGCUUCCCUAUAAUUAUUUUGCAUACUUUCUAUCCCAGGGAACUGCUACUCUGUGAGGCGUGCAUGUGUGAAAUAACCAAAUUGCGCAAGGGUCUAUCAAAUGCCGUUCCCCCAGUCCACUUCUUGUAGUGUUACAGAGUUUUGUUUGGAGAACAGAAACCAGACUGCAUGGAGAUCAAAGUUUCCACGAUGAGAUUGGAAAGCGUUCUAUAUUUUUUGCUUUUCUGUAGGGAACGCCUACUCUGUGAAGCGUGCGUGUCAAUAACUCAAAUUUGGCAAGUCUAAAAUGCAGUCCAUCAGUUCAGAUUUAGUUUGGAACAGAAACUGUAUGGAGAUCAAAUGUUCUCGAUGAGAAAAUCUGGGCUUCCUCUCAUCACCAUAUUUGGUAAUGAGUGGAAACACCAACCGGAUGCUUCACAUUUAUACAUCCGGUGAAAUAUCUGGCUCAUAGUUCUAUCUGGGGUAUUACCGAAUGUGCAUGCACACAAGGCGCUAUUUAAAAAACACACACACAAAGAAAUACAAAUUUAGGCAACAGGGAUCUUGAUCCAGGAGGGGAUUGAAUGUCUCUGCUGUAACCAAGAAUCUUGAUCUUGACAUCUAGCCACUUAGCUAGCAAGUUAGCAAACCAAAUGCAUAGCUGGAGCCCUGAGCUGGAUAAUUUAUUUGACACAUCUUAGAUUUCUUAUAGUCAAACUUAAUAUAUAAGCAGUGGCGUAGCAGGUGCCCCCAACCCAAUAAACACUUUUUCGGGGGAGUAUUGAAAAUCAUACCAUCGGUAUUUUUGAAAUACCCCGGCAUACGGUAUAAAAGGUACAGUAUAUCACCCAAGCCUAAGCAGCACAUAGCCACAAAUGUAAUUUCUGGCAGCUAAUCCAGUUUAAAAUUCCAUGAGACCUCAAUGUUAAACUAUUUAGUAUGUGUGUGGUCACCAAUUUGUAAGUCGCUCUGGAUAAGAGCGUCUGCUAAAUUACUUAAAUGUAAAUGUAAAUGUCUUUCCCAGAAAUAUAUGGCUACAAAAAAGUUGCUAUUACCAGACAACAUUUCUGAAUGAGCUGGUGUUUGGUUUACAUGCAAGAGGUGUUAAAAUACACUGAACACAAAUAUAAAUGCAACAUGCAACAAUUUCAACGAUUUUACUGAAUUACAGUUCAUAUAAAGAAAUCAGUAAAUUGAAAUAAAUUCAUUAGGCCCUAAUCUAUGGAUUUCACAUGACUGGGCAGGGGCGCAGCCAUGGGUGGACCUGGGAGGGCAUAGGCCCACCCACUUGGGAGCCAGGCCCACCCACUGGGAAACCAGGCCCAGCCAAUCAGAAUGAGUUUUUCCCCACAAAAGCACUUUAUUACAGACAGAAACACUCCUCAGUUUCUUCAGCUGUCCGGGUGGCUGGUCUCAGACGAUCCCGCAGGUGAAGGAGCCGGAUGUGGAGGUCCUGGGCUGGCGUGGUUACACGUGGUCUGCGGUUGUGAGGCCGGUUGGAAGUACUGCCAAACGACGUUGGUGGUGGUUUAUGGUAGAGAAAUGAACAUUCAAUUAUCUGGCAACAGUUCUGGUGGACAUUCCUGCAGUCAGCAUGCCAAUUGCACGCUCCCUCAAAACUUGAGGCAUCUAUGGCAUUGUAUUGUGUAACAAAACUGCACAUUUUAGUGGCCUUUUAUUGUCUUAGCACAAGGUGCACCUGUGUAAUGAUCAUGCUGUUUAAUCAGCUUUUUAUAUGCCACACCUGUCAGGUAGAUGGAUUAUCUUGGCAACUCCACAUUUUCACUAACGGGGAUGUAAAGAAAUUAGUGGCCAAAAUUUUAGAGAAAUAAGCUUUUUGUGCAUAUGGGAAAAUACUGGGAUCUUUUAUUUCAGCUCAUGAAACAUGGGACCAACACUUUCCAUGUUGCAUUUAUAUUUUUGUUCAGUAUAGCGUGACAUGUUUGACAUGGCCUCAUUGAACACAGCAGGAGACCUCCGUCAGUAUUUUAACCGUUAGUGGAGUGCACCAAGACUGAGUUGAAAGAACAAUGUGUGCUUGUGGUGAAACUUUCUCUUUUCUCCUACAGAGGUGACAUUGGCCCAGGUCAAGAGGUCAAGGUCAAGUUGUCCUUCAAGCCCACCCGAGCUGGCCUGAGAAAACUAAUGGUCGACUUUGAUGCAGACAGAUUAAGGGAUGUUAAAGGCAUUGCCACUUUGAUUGUGCGUAACAAGUGA